ACUGUCCAUUUGUUCCUUCCAGGUCGUACGGGAGGAAUGGAUACGCCAACCCCAACCACGUCCAGCCCGGAUACGUCUUUGCCCCAGCGAGCAGCGCCAACGACAGUGAUGUCAUGACUGACGACUCCUUGUCGAUGACAGACAGCAGCGUUGAUGGCGUUCCCCCGUAUCGACACAAGAAGCAGCAACAACGCGAAAUGCACCGCAGCGUCAAGGCCAAUGGACAAGUCGCACUACCUCACUUCCCCAGAACGCACCGGCUGCCGAAGGAGAUGACGCCGGUGGAGCCGGCUGCCUUUGCGGCCCAGCUGAUUGCCCGUCUGGAGCGGGUGAAGAGGGAGCGCGAUACUGUCGACUGCCUGGAGGUGCGGCUGGAGCAGAUCAAAGAGGACGAGGGUGAGGAGGGUGAGGUGCCAGCGGGGGAGGGGCAGACGGAGCCAGUACCACAGCACCCCCCGCUCUCCCUGCUGCCGCCCGGCACCUGUGACGAGGACCCCCAGGCCAUCCUGGAUGACCACCUGUCACGGGUGUUGAAGACGCCGGGCUGCCAGUCGCCGGGGCUGGAGAGGCGCACGGCGGCGUUGGCAUCACCCGGCACCGCCCGCCGGGGCUGCUCCACCUCCGCCAACCCCUCCGCCAGGCAUGUCCACCACCACUACGUCCACCACCACACCGUACCCAAGACCACGCAGCAGAUCGAGGCGGAGGCUGCCCAGUGGGUCCACUGUCUGUGCCCGGGCAGGGCAGACUGCUGCAGCUUCGCCAAGUCCCGUGCCCAUGCCAAGCCCGACCCACCACCCCUGCCCCUCGAAACACUCCCCUUCAGUGCCCGUGUGUCAGUGACGAGGAGGAGCCAGACGGUGGCGGAGACGGUGGGCGCGGGUGAUGGCGAGGGCGCGGUGCCCAUCCCCACCCCCCAGCUGCCCGGAGACGAGCCGGACCGCGCCCAGCACGUGUGGCAGUGGGUGCUGGAGAGCGAGAGGCCGCCCAGCAAGCACCGCACGCACAGCGUCCAGUGUGUGAAGAAGGGUCUGGUGUCGGACGGAGCGCGCGGCGCGGCGCUGGAGCGGAACAGUCGGCAGCACCUGGGCAGUGCCCACCCACGGGGCAGCGCCCUGCCCUCUCACCCCUUCGUGCAGGACCCCGCCAUGCCCCCCCUGCCCCCGCCCAACACCCUGGCACAGCUGGAGGAGGCUCGGAGACGUCUCGAGGAGGAGAGGAAAGUUUCCAAAACUCCCAAACAAAGAUAUUCCACGUCAAGUUUACAGCGAGACCGGACCCACACGGCGGCAGCAGCGGCAGCAGCGCAAGGAGGGAACGUGUCGGUGUCGGUGUCGGUGUCGACCAGCCUGGCCUCGCCCGCAGACGAACACAAGGCACCGAGGAAGCCCACCGCCCCGGCCCACCCUGCAGUGCCCACCGAGCUGGUGGUCACCUACUUCUUCUGCGGAGAGGACAUCCCCUACCGGAGGAUGAUGAAAGGCCACAGCCUGACACUGGCACACUUCAAGGAGCAGCUCAGCAAGAAAGGAAGCUACAGAUACUAUUUCAAGCGGGCCAGUAAUGAGUUUGACUGUGGGGCAGUUUUUGAGGAGGUUCGGAAUGACACCAGCCCGCUGCCGAUGUACGAGGGCAAGAUCCUGGGCAAAGUGGAGCGGAUCGACUGACCUGUUGGGAAGGACAUUUUUGGAAACCGCCCUCCUGGCAUCUUGUACGAAGGAGAAGUCUGCAGCGGAGGGCAGUGCCCCCGUGACACGAUGGACUCCCGGCUCCGACAGGCCACGGCGCUCUCCGCUUCACGUCCGAUGUCGCGUCGAAGAAAGUGUUUAUUGUAAAGAGAAGCACGGACAAGGUGGUGGAAUGGAGACCCUUGGGGGUCUUGGUUAUUUGUGGACAUCCAGGUCUAUCUGUGGCUUCCUGUCACUGUGGAGAUGAGGAGGUGUAUCGUGGCUGCUGAGGCCUAGGCGGCAGGCUGCUGGAUACAUUCAGCUUGUAUCUGGGCGUUUGGGUUGAGGAUAUGUCUCUACUGCAUUGACACGGAACCGGGCACCUCCGUCUCCCUGACCCUGUGGAUGCACCUCGUGACCAGCAGUCAAGCAGACAAUAGACAAUAGGUGCAGGAGUAGGCCAUUCGGCCCUUCAAACCAGCACCACCAUUCAAUGUGAUCAUGGCUGAUUAUCCCCAAUCAGUACCCUGCUCCUGCCU